CGCGGCGCGGAUUGUGACGCAAGCGCGCAGCGUGCUCGGUGCGCAGGCGCUCUCGGCGGCAACUCGGCGGUUUCCGGUCCGUCGCCCUCUUUCUCUUCAACGAGGUUCCCGAGCGGUUUGGUGGCAGCGGCGUUGCGGUCGCAGAGAUGCAGAUCUUUGUGAAGACCCUAACGGGCAAGACCAUCACCCUCGAGGUUGAGCCCAGUGACACCAUUGAGAAUGUCAAAGCCAAAAUCCAAGACAAGGAGGGCAUCCCUCCUGACCAGCAGCGUCUGAUUUUCGCGGGCAAACAGCUGGAAGACGGCCGCACUCUGUCAGACUACAAUAUCCAGAAAGAGUCCACCCUGCACUUGGUGCUUCGCCUGCGGGGUGGCAUCAUUGAGCCUUCCCUCCGCCAGCUGGCCCAGAAAUACAACUGUGACAAGAUGAUCUGCCGCAAGUGUUACGCUCGCCUGCACCCCCGUGCAGUCAACUGCCGCAAGAAGAAGUGCGGCCACACCAACAACCUGCGCCCCAAGAAGAAGGUCAAAUAAGGCCCCUCCACCGGCUCUUCUUUGCCUGCAGGACGGCCUCCUGCCCAAGCCCCAAGGCCCUGGGGCCUCAAUAAAGUUUCCCUUUCAUUGACUGGAGCAGUAA